AGCACUUUAAGUUUAGGCGCGUUUUAACGCGUGCUUCUUUGUGAGUACCUACCUCUACCUCUUCCUUUACGAUACCUAGUACCUAAGGUAUUAUGUACGAAGUACAUGGUAUUCUUGAAUUUUCCUCUGGUGUCGGCAACUUUUACUACUUUUAAGACUUUUAACCCCUACAUCUAAUUUGCACCCGAUUUAAAUCCUCUCUUUUCUCCAUGUUUUUUAAUUCGUCUGCAAAGUGACUAGUCAUAAGGCCUCAACUCAUGUCACAAAGCCUCAUAAUGUCUGAACUGUUUCAUUAUGACUUCUCGGCAACCUAAACCAGGAACACCUCCUCCCGGCUUUCGUCUUAUCCGGGAUAUUCUGGACGAAGGCAUUCCGGUUGGUAAGUUCGUUAAUGUUGUCGGUUUAGUCAAAGACCGUAGGUUACCGAUCCAAACUAGUGGACCCGACUGGAAGUCGGGUAUUACUAUCUACGACAAGUCUAUCGAGGACGAACCUGAUAAAGGUCUACUCAUAAAUAUAUUUCGCCCUGAGCACGAAAUUCCCCAACCGGACAUUGGUGAUGUUUUGUUAAUAAUAAACGCCAAGCUUCAGUUCUUUCGGAAUGAAGUAUCGUUACUAUCCCAUCGUUCGACUGUAAUUCAUAUAUACUCGGCAAACAAAAUUCCCAGGCUGCCAAAGUCGGCAAAGCAGGCCUUGCUAGACCCUAUACGACCCAAUGAUCGUCGUCCCUCAGAUAAGGAACAUGAAUAUGUUUCUUGGCUGUACCAUUCCGUUGACAAGGCCGCUCUGCCAGACGCCGCCGAGUUCAGUAUCCAAGUUGACCAAUCUCGCAACGUCAAGAACAAAUUCAAAGUCCUUGGCGACGUCCAAGACAGCCAAUUCUGUGAUAUUAUCGUCAACGUUGUCAAGGAACCUUUUGAUCAGAUGGACAAAGCUACAUUAUGGGUCUCCGACUAUACCGAAAAUGACUUUUUCUACAAAUUCUCAUGGGACUCUACAGAGGUUUCUGAAGGUCGAGAUGGCGACCCAUACGGGUACACCACCAAGAAUGUAACACCAUCCAACUGGGCCGGUCCUUACGGCAAGCGUUCAAUGCAAGUAACUUGUUUUGGUUUGCAUGGCGAAUUUGUCCGCGAGAAAGUCAAAGUAGGAGAUUGGGUGCGAUUGCGGAAUCUUCAAGUAAAAUAUGGACAUAACGCCAAUAAUCUUGAAGGAUAUUUGCGCGAAGACCGCAGUUCCUUCAGCACAGGUGUUAGGGUUGAUAUUCUUUCGACCGACGACCCAGAAAAUGUUGACCCAAGACUUAAGGACGCCAUCAAACGAAAAAGAGAUUACGAAAAGGCCAAGAAAACCCAGAUGAAGAAGUUCGUUGCAAGCGAGAACGGCAAAGUAAAUGGCGGUAAAAGGAAGGGUGAGAACCAAGAGGAAGAGAAAAAAGCCUCGAAGACGCGACGUAAAGAGCAACGAGCUCAGAGGCUUAAUAAGAUUGAGGAGCGGGACCUAGAGCAAAAAGCAAAGCUAGGUCUUAACGAAUCAAUUAAAUCUGAAUCUACCGACCAACCUAUUUUUUCUGUUCCAUCCAUACUGAAACCAAUACCUUGGACGACUACCGUAGACGGCCAAGAAGUGACAUUGACACUUCCCUUUACUUGUGCCAAGUACUGUGCCAACGUUCGAGUUGUUGACUUUCGACCACAUAAGUUGGAAGACUUUGCAACUUGGCGCAAAAAUACCGAGUACGAUAUACUCUCCGACCAUAGCGGUGCUUCUGAUUCAGAAUCGGACGAAGACGCAGGCACCUUAGACCGAUACCGCGGCGAUAAGAUCUGGGAGUGGCGGUUCGCAUUGCUGCUCGAAGAGGCUGCUCCAAAGAAAAAGGGCGAGGAUAACAGACUCUGGGUCGUGGUUGAUAAUGCCUCGGCACAGAUGCUGGUCGACCUCGACGCUGUAGAUCUUCGAGCAAACCCUGACGAUCUAAAUAAUCUGCGAGAGAAGCUCUUCAAGCUAUGGGGCAACCUGGAAGAGUGUAAGCAGCAAGAGCUGCAAAUCCAGCAGAAAAACCUACAACGAGUUGUGGCCCAACAGCCGCCAGACAGCACACCCCCUAGGCCACCAAGCAGUGGCCCGGCUCACAACGCCAUCCAGGGAAGCUUCGUAGUAUCGAAUAAACCGUUUACGUGUUGCAUCCGCCAAUACGGCAUCAAAGUCCCUGAGAAGGACCCCCUCAAGGCAGAUGCCGGCAAGGGGAAGCGCUGGGAGAGGGUGUUUGGCCUGUUCGGAACUAGGAUUAGCUCUUGAUUUCAGCAGGCGGGAUCGAAUGUCAAAUUAGAAUAAUUAAUAUCAUAAUGCGGUUGCCUGUCAGGAGCUCCCUGCAAUAGUGCACUGCUUCAACGUUGGUAGCUAUAUAUAAGAGAGGCUUAAAAUUUGAACGUCUUUCUAGGUCUAGGUAAUUACCUAGGUACCGAAGCAUACUCCUAGCAUUCCUUGAGAACCAGGAAGCAUCGAAACUUAGUAGCUUAGGUACUCGAUAGGUACCUAACCUAAGGCGGUUCAUCCUAUUCUGACCCUACUACGCAUGUCCCUUCUUUCACCAUUUACUCCCAUGCCCUCGAUAAAUACUUCAAUCUCCAAUACAACAAGCAGCCUCAGGUAGGUAGGCACAUAGGCUACAUAUGCCAAAAGCAGGAGUUGAAUGCGAUCCACACCCUCCGAGGAAUCAUCCCUCAACUCCGAUCUCCAACUCCAACUCCGUACAAUCAUCUCUCAAUACCCUCCCCCCC